CCGUAAGAUGAUUGUCAAUAUGUUUUAAAAAGAUAAUAUUUUAGUGUUUGUGCAUAUGGUUGGAUACAUAUGUGUUUAAACGAUAUCAAAUAAGUGUUUUAAGCGGAUUAUUCUAUCAAGAAGAUAUGUCUUAAAUCAAGGAAGUAAUUUACUUCUGAAUAUAAAGCAGUGGUACAUGGACCCAAAUAAAGAUAAAGUGAUUAAAGUGAUAUAUUAAUUGACAAAUAAUCGUCCCUUCAUCCCACAAAUCAAACUUGCGUAUUGAAGUAAAGUUUUGACUUUUUUCUUUCUUUUAUCGUAAACUGCAUUAGCAAAUACCAAUGGCAUCAAUACAGAUUCAGUGUGAAAUAUGCUGUAACGAAAUUGCAGUUGGAUAUUGCAAAACCUGCGGAAAUGUUGGAGAAAGUUGUAUAGAUGUUCACAAGACAGUAAAGGUGUUUCAAACUCACAUGGUCAGUAUGGGUGAAGAAAAAAAUGAUAACACAAAGGUCAUUAAGCGGGACAUCACCGAAGAGAGAUGUAAGCAGCAUCCGACAGAGAGAACGAUAUUUCUUUGUAAAAUUCAUGAUUCCAUGCUUUGUGGCAGAUGCUUCCAUUCGGAACAUCCUUCUUGCCUGAAAGAGGUCGUUGACUUGCUGCAUGAAGAUGUAAGCAUUGAUUGCGAAAAAGUCAACACGAUGAAAUCACUGUUCAAUGAGCUAAAAGCAGAAAUUGUGUUUAUUAAAAAUGAAGCAGAACUCUGUGAGGAGAGCUACAAGAAUAAUGCUGAUAAAUGCGUGGAAGAAUGUAUGGCAUUAGGAAAUAAAAUAAAACAACGUGUAGAUGAAUUGACAAGAAACAUUAAAGACGGAAUAAGAAUGAUAAAUGAAGAAAAUGUGAACACCUAUUCCAACAUAACUAAGACUUGUAAUGAGAAAACCAAGUGGUGUGACAAUGAAGAAAGUAAAAUUGAUGAUUUUGUUGACAAUAAAAUGGCUGGGCAUUUGUACCUCGUGAGUAGACAUUUUGAGAAAGAGGUUUCGGACGCUAGAUCCCACCUUAAAGAAAUCAAACACAAACACACGUUUAAAGGGAUUGACUUUAAAGAAAACAAAGUAGUUCUGAAAUGUGUGUUUGAAGACUUGGAAGAUGUUUGUGAACAACACGAAGAAGUUACAGGAAGCGACGAUGGACAUGCCAACGACGUUGUCGCAUUCGUCACAGAAGUUAACAAGACACGGCGAGAGCUAACUGCAUUUCUGAAAAAGGCAAGAAAUUAAUUAGACAAAUCAGA